AUGUUAAUAAUAAGAGGUGAGCCUGAUGAAGCCUCUCAGCUGUCUCAAUUUUCUCACGGUCUUUCUCUUUCAUCCCUAUUUGCCAGUACCUACUGGCUAAAUCAAGAGAAGAAAACUAUUCAGCCUUUUCAAAUGUCUCCAGCAAGUCAUCGAUUUAGGGAUGAUAACAACUGGUGA